UAGUGCCCAGUGUCCUUGGACGCGCAACAGGAGGGGAUGCAAUAAUGGUUUUGAAGUGUCUGUUUUGUUGAGAAUUGCCGCGAUAAACUCGCAUGGGAGCAGUUAAAUACAAUGCAUUUUGUCUCUGUAUAUUUAUUUGAAUAGGAUAUUACAGUUAGCAUUUUGGGUCCUCAAAUCCGGGCAUGUACAUGACAAAGUUCCUAAAAAUGGAAUCAGGGAAAGAUCGAGAGCCUGACCCUCAAACAGAAGAUUUAAGGAAUAUGCUUAUGAGAUUUAGAAUUUCUGAGUUACAAGAGGUACUUUGUGCAGCUGGAAGACCAAGAUCAGGGCGCAAGCAUGAACUAUUAGGAAGAGCUUUGAGUUUGCUCCGACAAUCAGAAGGAACUAGUUUACGAGAACGUGUAAAAAACAGAAUUGUUGAACUCCAUAGGCUACGAUUUCCUAUUCGACAAUAUCAAGGUGUUGAUAUACCACAAAACAAUGGGCCAACUCUGAUUCAGCCUCGAAAAACAACCUCAGACUUACUUGACUCUUCAAAUAGCUUACAAAAGCGUGGUUCUCAUGAGAAACAGUCAUCUUUGGCUUCACUCCUUUCACAUGAAGACUCUUCUAGUAUUUAUGAUAAAUAUACUACACAAAAAGCACAUAUACCCACAACAUUGGAAACUUUGAUUAGGCCACAGAAAGGACAGCCAAAUUGUGUUUCUUCAUCUGAGCAAAGUUUACAGCUAAACGGAAGUUCCUGUCAUGACGGCAUGCCAGUUCACCCUGAUGUUCGAUUUAUCAGCCUUCCAUUUGCAGAACUUCAGGAUGUUCUCAUCAAAGCUACAAGUCUUGGACAAAAAAGAAUGUCGGGGUACCAAGAUAUUACAUUGGUUUUUCAUCUGUCGCCACUGCAGGUCCAAACUAUCACACACUCAAGGUCAUAUUCUCUACAAUCAAGAAUAGAGUACAAUGUCCAGGUCUUACUCAGGUUUUGUUUAGCAGAAACAAGUUGUAUUCAAGAAGAUUCAUAUCCUUCAAGGUGUUCUAUAAAAGUGAAUGGAAAAAUAUGUCCGAUUCCUGGACAGCCACCUCCUAAUUCACAAAAUAUGGAACCAAAAAAGCCUCAUCGACCUGUGAACAUAACAUCAUAUUGCCGAUUAUCACCGAUGAUGGCAAAUCAGGUUCAAAUAUCAUGGAUGCCUUCCGACUUGGGAAAGAGGCAUGCUGCAAGCGUACAGCUAGUCAAAUGUGUAACUGCAAGUACUUUGGUACAGCGGCUAAAGGCCAAGCCUCUUCGCAAUGCUGACCAUGCAAGAGCCCUAAUUAAGGAGCAAUUGGCUCACGAUCCAGAUAACGAAGUCGCAACCACAAGUUUGAAGGUGUCAUUAUGUUGUCCUAUUGGGAAAACGCGGAUGACAAUGCCAUGUCGAGCAACAACUUGUAACCAUGUUCAGUGCUUUGAUGGAUCGCUCUACAUCCAAAUGAACGAAAGAAAGCCCAACUGGACUUGUCCAGUCUGUGAUAAAAAAGCCUUUUACGACCAACUCAUUGUUGACGGGUUGUUUACUGAAAUAUUACGGAGUGCGCCUGACAGUAAUGACAUAGUGUUUCUUCAAGACGGGUCUUGGAAGGUCCAGUCAGACAAUGAUCUGGAGAGCAAAGCGUCAAUAAUGACCAUCAUCGGAACCCCGUCUUCAUCGAGCAGAGGUGAAGAAUCAACAACAACAACAACAAUGAAGCAGAGGGAAAGAGACUUCUGCAUGAUUGAUUUAACUGGAGAUUCAAGUGAUGAGGAGGAGCCUCCUCCACCACCUAUCAAGUCAAAACCAAUGAGCUACAAUGCAAACAUCAGUCAUCAUAGAGGCCCACGAGUUCGUCAAGUUCCCAUGGUUUCAUCUUCGACUAUACAAUACCACCCUUUUCCAUUAUUUGAUCCUGAAAUCCAAGCUCCUGAUUUUUACUCUGUUCUACCAGAAGAGGAAAGGAUGGCGGCAGAAUUAUAUUUGACGCAAUCAGGGUUACUUACGCAUCUACACGAAUCGCGUCGUUCGCCCUCUGACGUCAUAUCGCUUGACUGACGGUACCACGACCAGCAGCGAUUCUCAGAAAAUUGAGAAAAGAAUUUGAGAUUGUUAAAAUGGCAAACAGGCUGCAGACAAGAAAAGUGUGAAAGUUACAGCCACGUCAAAAGACAUUAAGUUUAGCGACAAUUUAUUAGCUUUUGAAAAAUGUAAAAACAACAUUGUACAAAAUUGGUUAUGAAAUAGAAGUAAUCUUGUUUUUAGUAAGGGGCUGCAUCCACCCAUUAAACUUUUUGCAUCCCUCUGUUACGAUCUGUUUGUUUUUCGAGAGAUCUAUUUUGUGGACGAGUUGAAUUACUAAGCAAACUGGGGUGGGUAGGUUCACACGAUAGCCUCGACUUUGUCUGCCUCAUUUGAGUGAAAUUAAAGUUGAGGGUGUAAGCGAAGUCAUGGACAAGUGUAAAUAUCUAGCUUAUUAGAUUUUAAGACUUUUAAAUUUUUAUGAUGGAACAGUUUUCGUUGCAUUUUGUCGUCUUUCAGAUUGCUUGAAUGGCUAAUUUAUCUGCAUGAUUUUGUCGACCGUUACUUAGUGAUAUGCAUCAAUCGUUUUAGUUUCUUGUGUGCAAAAUCUUCUAAUUGUCAUUUUCCCCAUCGGACAUAGAGACAAUUAAGUAUUAUGCAUGUCUUGAUUUUCUCCUAUGUGCUUCGUAAUUUGAUUUUGAUAAUCUUGAACGGAACUCUUACAGAAAUCCCUAUUGUAUUGAAAGCCAAAUGGCCCCUCAAGCAAGCAUCCCAAAACUUUGGUACGCAUAGUACAAAAAAAGAACCAACGUAGGCAUACCCUUCAUUAAUACCCUUACAUUCCCCUCACUUAAAUGCGGUUGAUUCACUUUCCUGCUAAGUCCCUAAAACGAGUUCUAAUAAAGCACCUGUAGCUAUGCUACGUUUCAGGUGAAUUCAGUUGGUUUGCAAAUAUUAUGUUUUCCAGGUUAUUAAUUAUUCACGUUUUCUAUUCAGUAGAUGUUGCAGAAUGUUUACUUUUUAUCUUAAGCAGUUGUGUUAACCAACUAAGCUGCAUUGAAAACCGGCAUUGUUGUAAAUGAAGCUUUAAUAUGUAUCUA